AGGUGAGCGGCUAAAGUCUCUGAUACGCGCGCUAUCCAGUCCAGUACAAAUUAAUUCUUAUAAACGAAAACUCGCAGUGACUUCCGCAGUAGUGGUGUUAGUUCAUGCAAGAACAAACACGGAAGAUUUGAAGGAUAAUGCAUACUGGUUAAGAUGCUGCACCAUUUCAUUGCACUGUUUGCUGUGGCCAUACUUUCUUCAUGUGAAGGGAUUUCCAGUCCUCAUCCUGCAAUCGAGUGCAUAAACCACACAGUUUUAAACGAGGCAAGCAGAUCUAGGUUUUUUACCAACUACAUCGAUAAGACCAGCGAUACCUCAUUAACGGGCUGGUUUACAUACAAUGGCUCAGCCGGUGCGCGCAUGGCAACAACUUGCGUUCCCGCUGAACACUGCGGUACGUUAGUUCCCGGAUGGCUGGCGGGUAACCAUCCAAGUGUAGACGAAGGUUUAGUAGUACGAUCAGUAUGUCUCUCCAUGUCACAAGUUUGUUGUAUGACAUCUGUGAGUGUACUUGUGAGGAACUGCAGCGGCUUCUUUGUCUACAAACUGGACGUGAAUGCAGGUUUAAGCUUUACUUUUCGAGUGUGUGGAGCUGGUAUUGAAGGAUCAUUGCCGCCUAAGCAAGUAGCGAUCAAGAAUAAGUUAGGCGAUGAAUGCACUGACUACAACACACUCAACGCACGUGAUAGAGCCGCAGACUAUUUCAGUUACAACACUUUGAAGUGUGACGCCUACCUACCCAGUGGCUGGUACAGGCUGGCUGGCCGCGCAGGGACUGUUAUGCCGACACAUUGCGUGCCCAAAAUGCAUUGUGGUACUCUGUCACCUGGCUGGUUGAAUGGCAAACAUCCAACUAAAGGGGAGGGUGUGGUGCAGCGUAUGGUUUGUUUUACAAAGGAUAACGAUUGUUGUCACUGGUAUAGUUUGGUGUUAGUGAAAAACUGCAGUGGUUUUAUGGUGUACAAAUUUGGACACUUUCCUACAGCUGUAGACUCCUGCAGCCUGCGAUACUGUGGAGCUGGAGAAGCUGGUUGCAGAGACAAAGAAGGAAACAGCUAUGACGUAUGGCAGAGUUGGAACCCAAAUCCUUUGUUCAAAUGUAUAUGUGCACCUAAUCUUAAAGUCGAGUGCCAAAAAACUGAAAGUGGCUGCUGGGAUUCCCAUGGCAACGCUUUUGCAAAUGGACAUGAGUGGCUUAGCAACAACAUGACUAAGUGUACCUGUAGCUAUGGAAAGAUAACCUGUACCAAGCUUUCUCGACCAGCUUGCACCGAUGAGAAAGGCAUGGUGCGGGAUCAUGGUACCCACUGGUUUUCAGGAGUCUGUUUCAAUUGCUCAUGCGUGGAUGGUUUGAUCAGUUGUGCGAAGUAUCGCGUGACUAUCAAGUAUGGGUUAUUCCAAGUUGAGACAAUUGGAAGAUGUAUACCGUGUCAUCAGCCAAGUAACGAUAUUUUACCAACAGGGGAUGGGACAGUCGCUGCUUGCCAGGUGUUCUUUCAGCUCAAGGCUUUAAAUGAGGUAUUUGGUUGUUCCAGUGGCGACUUCGUAAGGAAAGAACACGUGUGUAAUGGAGUCGCCGAGUGUCCGGACGCUUCUGAUGAGGCGCAGUGCCAGAAUGUUAUUUGUCGUGAUGAGGAAGGGCAGAUUCUAAUUCUAAAAGAUGUUUGGAAGGUGUCCGACUGUCUCAGCUGCGAGUGUACAGAGGGUCGUCUGAAAUGCAAGAGGACACUUCAAGUCAACUUCCCAGGCAAACACUUGGCAUACGUACCUUUUAAUGAGUCCUGUGAACAACCAGGGUGUAACGCUGUGGAGUUUAUUAAAGCCAGGAGAGAAACUUGUGAAGUAAUUGAAACCGUCGAAGGUGGCCACAUUUUGUCACGAGGAGACAACUGGGACUACAAAGGGUGUCAAUUCCUCUUUGAAGGACACAAGCAGAUCACAGGGUGCCCACAAAUGUCUCUAUCAACCUGUUAUAUCUACAAUGGAGCAGUCUGUUGUGCUGAGAAAUGCCCAGCACUCCCACAACUUGCAAGUCAGGUGCGCUGGGGUAUGAUGGUGUGUCCUGGAGGACUUCAGUUGAUAGCCAGUGAUGAUCAGUGUGACAUUAUCGACCCGAGUUGCCUGCCGGGAAACGGCUCCUGUAAAACGG